AUGGAUCCACUGUCUGGCGCCGGGGAUAUUGUGGUUGUAACCAAGCUGCUAGACAAUAGUCUAACCAACAACGACUCGACCUCUUUCGUCAAGAGCUUUCGCAUUUGGGACACGAGCAAUUGGGAUCGGUUGCAAACCUGGAUGUACGAUAGUCCCGACUAUCCGCAUCGUCCAUACUUGGAGCGUAAGCUGCUUCCUUAUGCUGGCAACUGGACCGUGAAUGUCGAAGAUCAAGCUAUCCCAGUCGAAUAUUGUCUCGGCGGGCCAGUCCAGGACCUGAGUAAGCGGUGUGGCCUUCAUUUCAACACCACCAUCAUGAUAAUAGUUUGCGUGAUGAACUUCGUCAAAGUCCUAGGUGUUGCUUAUACCUGGAUUCAAUCCUUGCGGGCCCAUCGGCGAGAGCGAAGAGCUUACAACUCUACUGCACAGGAGGCAUUGGUAACGAUUGGCGAUUCCAUGCAAUCCUUCUUGAAACGAAGCGAUAAGCACACAAGGCAGAUGUGUCUCGUGUCGCAGUCUGACUUUGAGCGGGGAAGAUGGUACAGCAGCCUUGCUGGUAGUCGGCCGUGGUCCGGUCCACGGUCAAUUCGCAAGUUCAAGUUGGCCAGUCGGAGUGUUUGGAUUGCAACAAUCUCAGCAUGCACAGCAAUGCUCUUCAUUGUCCUCGCGCUCCUCGGAAGGGGCAUCGCACAGCAGAAGAAUGAGGGUGUAGAGAUGAGCCUGAGCACCUUCUGGAAAGCUGGACUCGGUCGUCCCAACCCAAUGACCGUCAUCCAAAUUUUCAUCCAUCGUGGCCCCUCGCAAUUCUGGGGCGCCGUGAUCCUCGCAAACUCCUGGCAGUUAGAGAUCAGCCUUCUCUACCUCCUCUAUAACACCCUCCUCACACGCCUCUGCAUCGCAGUCGAAUGGAGUCAUUACGGGUUAGAGCGGAAGUCCCUCCGCGUCUCUUGUCCAAAGGGUAUGCAACGGUCAACGUAUUUCCUUUCGUUGCCCUUUCGGUAUAGCGUCCCCCUCAGUGUAUGCCUUCUACUGCUCCAUUGGCUUGUGUCGCAGAGUGUGUUCCUGGCUCGGUCUGCGGCAUUCCUGCCAAGCGGCGAACCAAUCGAUUCGGACUCCUCAUCGAGAGCUUGCUACUCCACCAUGGGGAUCAUACUGUCCCUAGCAACGGGGAUAGCUCUUAUUGUUGCACUUGUUGGGAUUGGGUUCCAGAGGACAAAGUUCCUCCUUCCACCGGUCUCGACAUGUAGUGCUGCUAUCAGUGCGGCAUGCCACCAGCCGGGGGGUGACAGUGAUGCUGCGUGGCUCCCUGUUAAGUGGGCAGCUGUUGUUCCUUCGGACGCGGAGAGCCAGCCGCCUGUUGUCGGACAUUGUUGUCUUACAACGCUGGCGAAUGCGGAAGCGCCAGUUAAAGGAUGUCUCUAUGAGUGA